GAGGGCGUCUUUGUCCCUCACCACUCCAACUUCUGCAGAGCCAGAAAGCCUGUGCCUCAGCAAUCUCGCCGGUUCAGGACAGAAGCCUUCGCUCUCCGUCUCCGCCUCCGUACCAGUGACACUGGCCUUUCACCACUCGCAACGCAACCGCAACCAAAAAUUCCUUCCCACGUCCAAGCCAGAGCCUUCCAUCAUGAUCCGGCCACGCAAUUCAGGUUCUCUUCAGACUGUCUCAUCCCCUUCUGCCACCACAAUCUCUUCAACCUCACCACCUCAUCAUAAGCUUCACUUCCUUUCACCCACCAUGACACAACACUGCCUUUACACAUUCACAUCACCAAAACCUCCACCUUGACGCCUUCCAGUCAGAUUUUGUGCUCUACAAUAAUUGUCACACUCUCAGUCAGACUUUACCAAACCCUCCAACCACUCCCCACCGACCUAGACAAAGAAUCAGCCUCUUUGCCACGGCAGCUUCCUAGCCAACAAACUUUUCCACCUCUGACCUUGUCUUUGUUUAAGUGCAACAACACCACAUUUCUGAUCUCUACUAUUCCUCCACCACGCUGUCCUUGACCACACCCUUGCCAUUGUCACCAUCAUUCGUCAACACAUACCCAUAUCCUGCCAACAUGCCUGUCUCAUCAGCCUCCAACACGAGGUCGCCGUCAGCCUCGACUUCUCGUGCAGAAAAGAAUAAAAAGUUGUCACAAGUGGUGGUGCUAAAGGUGCCACGGGCCUUUCUCAAGACUCUUGAGCCGCCUUCAACACAGGACGAAGAACAACAGUCUACUCAAUCGGUGGCUUCCUCGCCUGCUCCUGUGGUCGAAGACACCUCUUCACCAAAACCUCUGGACACGAAUGACAAUCCAUCCGAGUCUAAUGCAACCCCAGCUCCUACCAAUGGCGAUGCAAACUCAACGGACUCGUCCAAAAAACGAAAGGGCCCCGGUUCUGGCUUGAAGCGAAGCCUAGGCUCAACAUUCGACGUGAAUGGCACUCCUAAACCUAGAGGCAAACCGGGCCCCAAGAAGAAACCUCGCCUUGAGGAUGGUACGAUUGAUCAUGGCUCCAAUAAGCCAGUCCCGGCAAUGGGUGCAGGUAUCACCGGCCAUAAAUUAGGCCCCAAAGCCAACCAGGGUGCUAUCAAUGCUGGACUCCGUGCCCUUGACCGAUCGGGGAAGCCUUGUCGCAAAUGGCAGAAGAGACCUUUCCAGCUGAAGAGCUUCACUGGAAUUGUCUGGGAUGUUCCGUCCUGGCAUGGCAAUGACCGUCUCAGCCAGGUCAACGGCGAUGAAUCCAGCGAUACUCGGGAAAUAUCACAACAAAGCAGCAGCGAUCUAAAACCAAAUGAAAGUGACACUGCCAUGGAGAGCAAUGUUGGUGAUCAAGCGGAUCCAAUGAUCAUGUCGACACCAGCAGCAAGCUCACCUCCCCCAAUACCCCAAUCCACAACUGCCAUCACUGCACAAGGCUGAUGCUCCUCAGUCUCCCCUUGGGCUGCUGUGGCAACAUCAACCUUGAAGGUGAUUUCUCCAGUCUCAUCGAUUUUUGACCGCAAAGCGAGCGGCAUACACACGGGACAUGUACGAGUUGAACAGGCCUUUCUCAGAUCUCGGUAUUUAGCGCGGCGUUUUAGUCUUUACCCCUCGUCAGGCUUUGGGUCUUGCAUGGGAGCCAUGGUAUGACCAAAGAACAAAAAGUGGCAACUACGACACCAGACCAAAGCAUAUCAGAUGGUGCAUUUUGAACGGUAGUCGAGGCCGAAUUCGCACUCAGGAAAUACUCCUUCAGGUGCUGGCUGGGAUAAAAAGUGCAUGGUGACUAGAAACUGUGUACAGAUAUCAUCCACUUCGAUGGGCAUGAUUAAUAGAUACUUUGCUUGUCAUCAGCAGGAAUGAAAUGAUUUCUCGAUCAACUUUUGAAAAGAGGAAAAAGCUUGUAGGCUUUGAGGGUUCGAGUAUUUCCUUUGAGUAUGCGACGUUGGAAGACAUGGUUUCAGGCUUUCAGUCUUUAUGCCUAUUCGCAC